CGCCCCCUCCCUCAGGGAAGGCGUUGGCGGCCAUUACGGGGGAGCGGCCGCGCGCGAGGCUCCUGCCCUUACGGAAAGGCGGAGCGCAGUUCCUUCCUCCCUCCCUUCCUUCCUCCCCUCCCUCCUUCCCUCACACUGUCUCACCCUGUGGUUUGGGCACUCGAAGCCCGAAGAUCAAGGGGUUUGUGGCCGUCUGUGCGGACGUGUAGGUGUCAAAAGCUGUGAGGGUGCCGAUGCUGCUGGUGUGUGAGGUACUAAAAUUACCCUCCAAUGCCGCAAGGCUGCAGUUCUCAUUUCAAGACCUGUCUGAAUGGCUAAGGAGUACUCAGACAAGCAAAGAAAAUGGCUCCAGUGACAGCUUGGCCCCCACUGAAUGUGCAAGGUCUAAACCAGUGCUGAACCGUGUGAGAGUUGCUGAAGACUCAGACCCUCAAGCACAGCAGCCUCUAGCCGAGGACAUCAGAGCUGUCUGAUGAGCAGCGCCUCUGAGCCUCGUGCAGGCUGGUCCUUCCUGUGUUUGUGCUCCCAAUCAGCUGCACACCUUGACCCUCUACACAAGAAAAGCCAGUCUCCCUGCUGAGCCCAGUCGGAAUUCAUGCAGCAUCCGUGUGAAGUGGCGCCGCUGGAGCUCACGGAGAUUCUUCAGUCCAGUUCAAACCCUGCAGCCAAGCUCUGCUCUGGAAUCCGCCGAGCUCCGCCGCCGAUGUCCAACAUGCACCGAGCUGAUGCUGCUGUGGAUGAGGCUGUGUUAAGGAAAAAAGAGCAGAAAGAUGUUGAACUUGAUAAGAAAAUCUUGGCUUUGCGGAAAAAAAACGAAGCACUGAUACGAAGGUACCAGGAAAUAGAAGAGGACAAAAAGCGAGCGGAACAGGAGGGAAUGGCUGUUACCUCCAGGAGGCCCAAGCAGGAUGGACUCACUAUUACCAUCACCAAAGCUCACAAUGACCUGAAAGAUGCAAUUACCCAGACUGAACACUAUGGACAAGAUAGCCCAGCCCUCUCGAUGGACAAAAGGGUGGUGAGUGAGAAAUGGGGAAGCCCCUGUCCUACAAGCCCUGGAUUUGGCAUUGGCAGUGAGGAAGAGGAGGAGGAGGAGGAAGCAGAUCAUAUGUUCACAUUCAGGAUGGGGAAGAGGAUGCAGUUGGCUGUUACCAUGGACAACAAAGCAAAGAGCAAGAGGAUCGUCAGCGAGAAACACGCCGAGAGCUUCCCUGGCCCGGGCCGAAUGCCAGACCUGAGUGAGGAGGAGAUGGACCAUUUGGUGGCUUUCCGACGGGGAAGGAGGAUGCAGAUUGCCAUCACCAUGGAUAACAAGGAAAAGGGAGAAGAACGGAGAACAGCAGAGAAGAGGAGAUCAGACAGUGACAGAGGCCCAGAAACUGAGCACAGCCGGAAGGAUGGUGGGAAGCCAGUCCAGAAGAGCCCUGGAGACCUGAGUUUCCCCAUGACUGGCCGGGAGCGCUCAGAGUACAUCCGCUGGAAGAGGGAGCGAGACCAGAUUGACCUGGAGCGCCUGGCACGUCACAAGAAUGCCAAGGGCGAGUGGCGACGGGCUUGGGAUGUGGAGAAGUCAGAGCACAUGUUUGAAGAGGACUUUGUUAAGGAUGGGGAGCCAGCCUUGGAUAAUCCCAGCAGUAAGAAAGGGGGAAGGAAUGCAAGGAAAUUCCAGCACAGGUCUUUUCCUGUGGACGGGAGAGGUGGAGGACAUCAUGGAGUGAACGUGAGCAACCCUGGUCCAAAAGCAGUGCCUGCUGUGAGCAGCCGAGCCAAGGGGAAGGACAGACUGACAGGCAGAGCCAGAAGAUGGGAUGCAAAAGAAGGCGAGGACAUGUCUCUUGUGAAGGAUGACCUUGAUGGCCAGAGGAGCCUUGGUAUGGACAGGCGGAAGAGCAGAGGUGACGAGGGGGUGGAAGAGAACUGCACAGCUGAGCUGGAGGAAAAGGGGAAACAGCCAAGCCUCCAGGAUCACAGGGCCUCCUCCUCACAGCGGCUUCGAAGUGGGAAGGUCCAGCCUGCCCAGAAUGGCCAGAAAGAGGAGCGGAGGGGAGUGAGGGGCUGCAGCACAGAGGUAUCUGUGGCCAGCGCUGGGGACUCAGAGCCAGGUCCCAAGCCAAGCAAGGAAAGUGUUGGGGAAGAUGCCAAUGGGAAGCCUGGCACUGCUGACAUCUCCCAGGAGAAGGAGAGCACUGACAGCACUGCUUUACAGAGCAGCCUUCAGAGCACUGUGCAAGGCACCAGGCCUGGCAGCGAGGAGAUCUUGUCACAGUCUGUGGGAGUGAAUGUAGAUGGAGCUGGGUUGGAGAAACUGCCAGCUUCAGAACAGGAGUCCUCUGAGAACUCUUCCAGCAGCCAUGGAGAAAAGCUCGACACAGCAGCAGGAGACAGACUGGAUGCAGACCAAGGACAGCUGGUGAGCAAAGGAGAGGAAGAAGUGAUCCAAACCACUGCUCCUGAGGGACAGGCACUUGCACUACAAGGAAGUGAAGAUGCUGAAGGCACUGAACACCAUGAGCCUUUGCCCCCAGGGAAAGCCAGCUCUGACAAGGCUGUUGUGCCUGAGCAGGACAUGGCAAAAUCCCAGUCUGGGGAAGGGGACCAGCCUGAGGACUGCAAGGACAAGGACAGCGGGGACACUCACAACUAGCAGAUUACACCGGCUUGCCUGAGACAUAAGGGUAACGUGCUGGAGGCAGUGGAGGAGAAGAGGAGCACAAGCUUAUCCUCACUCUUUUACCUUCUAUGAAAUCAGCUUUCAGCACCUGUGCAGUGCCCUUCAGCACCAUUCACAACACAUGGGGUCCUCAUCACCACCCCCGCCCCCCGCACAGUUCUGGCAUCCCUCUUCCCUAUCCAUGUCUCAAAGGAUAGGGAAGGGUGCACACACUCCCACCCUACAGAGAAAACACCAUCACUUAUCUAUUUGUUUGGCAUAUAUUGCAGCUGCGUGGCAAGCCAAGGAAAUGUCUACUGGAUGCACUUUAUUUUAUUUAAUGAUUAAUUCUUUUUAAACUUAUGGCUUGGGUUUCUGGGCACACACGCUGUUUUUUCCCCAAAGGCUGGAGGCAUGUGCCAGGGUCUGUGCCAGCAACUGGAACUGCAGGAAGAGGUGACUGGCAAAGCAGAGAGGUGAGGUAUUAGGGUGUAGUUCAGUAGGUGGGUGAAGAAGUUGUGUUCAGAGCUCGUGUACUAGAGGUUUGCACGUGGUUGAAGUGUUGGCAGAGGUGUAUGGUAGUGGUAGGGGCUGCGGGGCAUGAGCAGGAUGGAUGGAUGGGUGGAUGGAUGGAUGGAUGGAUGGAUGGAUGGAUGGAUGGAUGGAGCACUUCUGACAAGCACAGAUCAACCCAGCACCUCCUCCUUUAAGAGCUUCCAGCUGUCCUCUCCUUUUAGAGGCUGAGGAGCACAUCAGGACAGUGCUUUGUGCCAAGGAAGGUGGCUGCUUGGGUGACAGGUGUGUGUAUAACUCAGCAAACUCUGUGCCCCCUUCCCAAAUGUAACUGGGCAUCCCUGCAGCACAGCAAGGAGGGGGACAGCACAAUAAUCUUCCUCCCCCACCACACUGCCCAAGACAGUUGGCAGCAGGACCCAUGCUGGACCUAGAGGUCCAAGACUUUGUAUUAAACAUUUUCACCUUCCUGGUUGUUGUGCCUUCCAUACCCUUGUGUUUCAUUAAGAGAGCAGGAAUCCUCUCUAAGCUGCCCUGCAGACCUUCUGACCUGGCCUUAAAGAUACCUUUCAAAUGGAGGAUCUGGAGGAGCUUUACAAGCACAAACAUGCAGGAAUUCCAGCUGCUUGUCUUUCCAGUUACAACAAGUUAGGACCCAGCUGGAAUACAGCUACCAGUUAAGGAGAAGGCACAAGGAGUAACACAACAUAAUUUCUGACUUCUGAAUGACAGGGCAGAGUGGGCAUCACCCUCACUUCAAGGCUACUCUAAAAUUUGAUGCCAGAGUAAGCAUUCCUGUGACAGGUAUAUGUGGAGAUUGCCUGGAAUGUCCUGCAGGAUGUUGGCUGACCAGGCUGGCAGACUGUCCUGGAGAUCAGGUUGGCACGUGUGGACUGAAAUACUUUAUGCUGCUUUAAUAAACUAAUAUUUGCACAGACAAACAUUUGUUUUCCCACGUGACUUAGACCCGUGACACCUAUAAUGAAGCACAAGCCUGGGAAUUUCCUCCAUGUGCCAAAUUCAGGAGACUCUACUGGCAUCACACCAGGUAUUAUCAAGAAACAGAGCAUGCAGCUUUUGUGUUUUAUCAGUAGAAACAUCUCAACCCCACCAAAGCCCAGAGUUUAUUUGGACUUAUCCAACAGAUAAAAGAACAGAUAAAUAGAAGAUUGUAAAACUGGUCCAGGUCCUGGAGCUUCUCCAUCACUAUUAAAGGCCAAUUUUCCUUAUCUGACUGGCUCAAAAACCUGCUUGCAAUUGUUUAGUUUUUAAAUUCAUUAUUAUUUUGUACAUCAGGUCUCUGACCUGACUCUUGGCCCAGUUAGACUGAGUCAUUACCAGCAUUUCCCAGGAGCCAGCUUGCCUCAUGGUCCAUGGAACACACAGUCUCAGCUCAAGAGCUGUUGCGCCCCAGGAACAGUUGGACACAUGGCCAGGCAGGAAUUUUACAUUGCCCUGGUCCAGCACUGUGUUGAAGAGAUAAAAAACCUUACUGCCCUAGACUCCAUUCUGAAAGGAAAACCAUCACUGGUCCUCCAUUCCCUCCUUUUUUUCCUUUCUUCCAAGUGACUUUGCAGGUAAUGAUGCCCAGGAAGGACUGAGUCUGAUCCAGGCUCUGGGAAUGGGACUGAACAGCUUGUGCCUGUUCUAAGUGUAUUUUUUCCUGCUCAUUAACACUUUGCUCAAUGCACUUUGUUUGGUGCCUGGGUUGUGACUUUUCAGACAACUGUGGCUUAGCUGUUUCUUCUUUAUGGUGAGAGAAAAAACUGAAAAGUUGACAAAUCUGAUGUAGAGAGAUUAUUUAUAUGAAAUAAAAGUUGGAAUGAGGAAAAACC